AUGUUCACAUUCUCUUUCUCUUUCUGUCCCUUUCUAUACUCUCUGUCUUCUACCUUUCUUUCUCUUUCUCUCCUCUCUCUCUCUCUCUCUAACUCUCUCUCCCUCUCUCUAUCUAUCUAUCUCUCUAUCUAUCUGACUACUGCCAUCUCUGUCUAUUUCUGCGACUGUCUACCUUUCUUCUGCUUAACCUUGUUUCGAUCGUUUAAAAUAUUUUCUCUCUUUGCUUCGACUGUUUUUUCUUUCUCUUUCUCUCUCUUAUUUUCUUCACUUUUUCUUUCUCAUAUCUCUCUCUUUCCUUCUCUCUCUUCAUUUAUACUUCUCCCUGUCACCACUUUCUCUUCCCUCUCAAUUCUCUUUCUCCGCAUUUCUCAUUUCUUUUCUUUGUCAUCCUUUUCCCUUUGUUCUUCCCUUUUCUUUGACUUUUCUUCUCUAUCUCCUCCUCUUUAUAUAACCUUGUGUUUCCUCUUGUUUUCCCCUUUCUCCUCCUCACCUCUUGCUAAUUUGUCUUUGCUCUUUUCCUUUUCUCUCACUCGAUCCCUACCCAGCUGUUUACAACAGUUUAUUUGUUCACCCGACCAUUUAUUAUCAAUAAGGGAGUCUCAUUUCUAUUCACCUGUGUCAUCCUGCAUUUUUCUUUUUAUUAAUAAUUUCCUAAUCUCUCUCUCUCUCUCUCUCUCUCUCUCUCUCUCUCUCUCUCUGUGUUUUCCUAUCGAACUCGUCGAUUUUACUCUCUCUCUAUCUCUCUCUAUCUCUCUCUUUCACUUGCUUUUUCCUCGCUUUCUUUCUUACUUUCUUCGUUUCACUUUCCUUUUCCUCCCAUUCCGCCUGACUUUCGAUCUUCCAUUUUUCUUACCUUCUUUCUUUAACUUCUCUUUCCUUUUCCCUCUCUUUAAAUCUUACCUUCUUUCUUUCACUUUUCUUUUCUUGUCUUUUUUCUCUGUAUUUCUUUAA